GUGGCGGCGCGGGGAUCUUGGGCGACAGGGCACCGAGGGAAGGAGGACGCGAGGGCAGCCGGGCCUGAGGGAGCAGGGAGGGUGGCUCGGGCUCAGUCGCGUGGCCCCAGGUGCGCGGCCUUGGCCCUGCAGCGCCCACCGUGCUGGCCGGGGCCUCGGCUCCGCAGCAGAGGCCGCGGUGGUGGCUGCCGGCGCGGGCGCAGCUGCCUGGGGCUGGGGCGUUUCAUCUGCGCGGGCCUGUGGGGCGGGCAUCACCCUGGGCCACGCGCUGAUAUUCUCCAUCACACUCAGAAAAAGUUACUCAUACGGUGGUCUUAUAAAGGGUCUGAAGUGGCCAAAUUGUCCCUUUUUAGAAACGGAUAGUUUUAGGUCUUAAAGAUGUCCUAGGAAUUAGCCUUACAAGCCCGGCUAUGUCAUUUUAUGGAAGAAGAAAUUGUCUAGACGAAUAACAUGAGGUCAUAUAGAAUCCCACUUUUGGUGAUUGCAAGUCAAGAAAGUAAAAGUAAACCAUUGCUAUCUUUCACCUUAAAUAUCCUGUGUUUUAUUGCUCAGAAUAUCCAGUUUUUCUAAUACUCGUGAUGUCAGAAGGGAAACCUCCUGACAAAAAAAGGCCUCGUAGAAGCUUAUCCAUCAGCAAGAAUAAGAAAAAAGCAUCUAAUUCUAUUAUUUCGUGUUUUACCAAUGUACCACCUGCUAAACUUGCCUGCCCCGUUUGCAGUAAAAUGGUGCCUAGAUAUGACUUAAACCGGCACCUUGAUGAAAUGUGUGCUAACAAUGACUUCGUUCAAGUGGAUCCAGGGCAGGUGGGCUUAAUAAAUUCAAAUGUGUCUACAGUAGAUUUAACCAGUGUUAACUUAGAAGAUGUAACACCAAAGAAGUCACCACCACCAAAGACAAAUUUAACCCCUGGCCAAAGCGAUUCAGCAAAAAUGGACGUAAAGCAGAAGACCAGUCCCUACUUUAAAAGUAAGGAUGGUGUGGUGUGCAAAAAUCAAGAUAAGCUGAGAAAUCGUAGUGUGAAAGUCAUUUGUUUGGGAAGCCUAGCAUCUAAAUUGUCCAGAAAAUAUGUAAAGGCUAAAAAAUCAAUAGAUAAGGAUGAAGAAUUUGCCAGUUCUAGUCCACAGAGUUCCAGAUCCACAGUUGUUAAGAGCCUGGUUGAUAACUCUUCAGAAAUUGAGGACGAGGAUCAAAUGUUGGAGAACAGUUCUCAAAAAGAAAACGUGUUUGUAUGUGAUUCUCUGAAGGAAGAGCGUAUUCCCGAACAUAUGAUAAGGGGAAGUAAAAUAAUGGAAGCCGAAAACCAAAAGGCUACCCAGGAAUGUGAGAAAUCAGCCCUCAGCCCUGGCUUCUCAGAUAAUGCAAUCAUGUUAUUUUCACCAGAUUUCACUCUUGGGAAUACAUUAAAGUCUACUUCAGAAGACAGUCUUGUAAAGCAAGAGUGUAUCAAAGGAGUGGUUGAAAAACGUGAGGCAUGUCCUGAAGAAGUAAAAAUGACUGUUGCUUCAGAAGCUAAAAUGCAGCUGUCAGAUUCAGAGGCAAAAUCUCAUAGUUCUGCAGAUGAUGCUUCUGCAUGGAGUAACAUCCAAGAACCUCCUUUGCAGGAUAACAGUUGCUUAAACAAUGAUAUCCCUUGCAGCAUUCCUUUGGAGCAGGGGUCAAGCUGCAAUGGUCCUGGUCAAACAACUGGUCAUCCUUACUACCUUCGGAGUUUCCUUGUGGUGCUGAAAACCGUACUUGAGAAUGAAGAUGAUAUGAUGCUCUUUGAUGAACAGGAGAAGGGAAUCGUAACUCAAUUUUAUCAGUUAUCAGUUACUGGUCAGAAGUUAUAUGUAAGGCUCUUUCAACGUAAAUUAAGCUGGAUUAAGAUGACUAAAUUAGAAUAUGAAGAGAUUGCCUCAGACUUAACACCUGUGAUUGAAGAAUUGAAGAAUGCAGGCUUUCUACAGACAGAAUCUGAGUUGCAAGAACUCUCUGAAGUGCUUGAGCUCCUUUCUGCUCCUGAACUAAAAUCCCUGGCCAAGACCUUCCAUUUGGUGAAUCCCAAUGGACAGAAACAGCAGCUGGUGGACGCCUUUCUCAAAUUGGCCAAACAGCGUUCAGUCUGCACUUGGGGCAAGAAUAAGCCUGGAAUUGGUGCAGUGAUUUUAAAAAGAGCCAAAGCCUUGGCUGGACAGUCAAUACGAAUCUGUAAAGGCCCCAGGGCUGUGUUUUCCCGGAUCUUGCUGUUGUUUUCGUUGACCGACUCCAUGGAAGAUGAAGACGCCGCUUGUGGAGGUCAGGGACAGCUUUCAACGGUCCUGUUGGUCAACCUUGGCCGAAUGGAGUUUCCUACUUACACCAUCAAUCGGAAAACCCAAAUCUUCCAAGACAGAGAUGAUCUUAUCAGAUAUGCAGCAGCCACGCACAUGCUGAGUGACAUUUCUUCUGCAAUGGCCAACGGGAACUGGGAAGAAGCUAAGGAGCUCGCUCAGUGUGCAAAAAGGGAUUGGAACAGACUGAAAAACCACCCUUCUCUGAGAUGCCACGAAGAUUUGCCACUCUUUCUGCGGUGUUUUACUGUUGGGUGGAUUUAUACAAGGAUUUUGUCUCUGUUUGUGGAAAUACUGCAGAGACUUCACAUGUAUGAGGAAGCCGUCAGAGAACUUGAAAGCCUUUUGUCUCAGAGAAUUUACUGUCCUGACAGCAGAGGCCGAUGGUGGGAUCGACUGGCCCUGAACUUACACCAGCACUUGAAGCGCCUGGAACCGACUAUCAAGUGCAUCACAGAGGGGCUGGCGGAUCCGGAAGUCAGAACGGGACACCGCCUUUCACUCUAUCAGCGAGCCGUGCGCCUGCGGGAGUCUCCGAGCUGUAAAAAGUUCAGGCGCCUCUUCCAGCAGCUCCCAGAAAUGGCUGUGCAAGAUGUGAAACACGUGACCAUCAUGGGCAGGCUGUGCCCGCAGCGUGGAAUGGGCAAGUCUGUGUUUGUGAUGGAGGCCGGGGAGGCCGCUGACCCCACCACGGUCCUGUGCUCCGUGGAGGAGCUGGCACUGGCUCAUUACAGACGCAGCGGCUUUGACCAGGGGAUUCAUGGCGAAGGGUCCACCUUCAGCACCCUGUGUGGCCUCCUCCUGUGGGACAUCAUCUUCAUGGAUGGGAUUCCAGAUGUCUUCAGAAACGCCUGUCAGGCGUUCCCCCUGGACUUGUGCACAGACAGCUUCUUCGCAAGCAGACGCCCGGCCCUCGAGGCCAGGCUGCAGCUGAUUCAUGACGCCCCCGCGGAGAGCCUGCGGGCCUGGGUGGCAGCCACGUGGCAGGAGCAGGAAGGCAGAGUGGCUUCCCUUGUCAGCUGGGAUCGUUUCACGUCUCUUCAGCAAGCUCAGGAUCUGGUCUCCUGCCUGGGGGGCCCUGUGCUCAGUGGUGUGUGCAGGCGCCUGGCUGCUGACUUUCGGCACUGCCGAGGGGGCCUCCCCGACCUGGUGGUGUGGAACUCCCAGAGCCAUCGCUUUAAGCUGGUGGAAGUUAAAGGCCCCAAUGACCGUCUUUCACAUAAGCAGAUGAUCUGGCUGGCGGAACUGCAGAAGCUGGGGGCUGAAGUAGAAGUCUGCCACGUGGUUGCAGUUGGAGCUAAGAGCCAAAGCCUUAGCUAAAAGCUAUGGAAUUGGGGAUAUUUGGUCAUACAUUAAUAUUCCCUACAGGAGAAAAUGGAAAUGAGGAGGAGAGAAACUCUGGCGUCCCCGAGGUGUCGGUGUCGUGCGGGCCGCUGGCUCUGAAGUACAUCCUGCUCUGGCUCAGCUCCCCGUAGCAGGCCUCCAGCGGGC